CCCACCCCGAGUCGAACGUCUAUUAGCGGUUCUACUAUACGCAAAUACGCACCUCUACGAGGCAUCCCAUGUUUCGUUCUCCUGCGACUCGCUGCGUCGACAUCGCAGUCGAUGGAUGAGGGCACCCUGCAGUCGCCGAUCAGACCCUUGAUCGCGAUCUCCAGGAACCGUCCGCAAUUACAUCACGCACACGAGGCGGCUAUCACGGCAGGUAUUUCACUGCUACGCCCCGCUGUGAGACGUGCGCAACUUGCGAUCGCCGCUCUUGGUCGCCGUUAGCGGUAUCAACUCAGCUUCAAUACUUCACCAUGAUGUUUGCCACUGCGACACCGAGUUCACUAUGAGAUAGCAGUCGUCAUCAGCCCACGCGCUAAGCCAGUAUGAAUACAGCUUUUCUUGCGAGCGAAUGGUGGGAACUCGCUCUCGUGGGCAAAGGAGCUUCUGUCGCGGCAAAGCGCCGUGGAUGCAAAGGGUUCGACGUCUACCGCCAGUGGCUCUACGGAGCUAAUUUCGCAACCUCCGACGCGGAUAAAGGAGACGAUGAACUUCGUUGCAUCCGGCUGAUCGACGCGCAUGUCGUGGGCUACUUCAUACAAGACAGCAGCUUCAUACAAGACGUACGCGAGGAGAGUGUCAAGUGCGGCCUGAAAAUAUCGAAUGCGUCUCGUUACAAUCUCCUUGUUCGUGUAUACGAGAACACCAACGGUCCCUGCGCUCUUCGGAAAUGCUUCAUCGACUUGUGUCUUCUCGUGAAUAGACACACGUCAAGCGAAUAUGAAGAAGUUCCCAAGGAUAUCAGGAAAGAUCUUCGCCUCCGUUUAAGAGAGAGGACCAUGGCUUGCGGUAAGGAAGAAGUCUUCAUCUUCACGAGUACUGCCGGAUAUUUCGAACAGGAUGAGGCAGGUAUUGACAAGGUCGAUGACACCAAUGGAAAUGAGAGCAUGGACGGUUGA